AUGAGAUUGACGACCUGUGGCGACCACAAGGGCGUUCGAGAUUUGCUCACUACAACUGAUUCGCCCUUAAGAAUUCCUUCACUGAUUAAUUUAUUAGUGGAGCUACAAAACAAACGGGAGCCCUAUUCGGUUCCCUUCAAUUCGUUUUUCUCGUUGUACAAUUCGUCUACGAAAACCGGUUCUAUGUGGGACAGUGCGAUGACGUACCCGUUUCCCAAGCUCGUUUCUAAUAGGGCUUGGACUUCUUAUGAAGGACUCACAAGUGAGGGGAUAAUCAGCAGCAGCUUCGCUGAGGCUAUGAUUCACUUUGUUCUUCUCAUCAGCAGACAAGGCAAAGUUAGGCUCACAAAAUGGUACUCACCUUAUUCUCAAAAGGAGAGAACAAAGGUUAUCCGGGAGUUAAGUGGUAUGAUUCUCACGCGAGGUCCCAAGCUCUGCAAUUUUGUGGAGUGGAGGGGAUAUAAAGUUGUUUACAAGAGGUACGCCAGCCUUUAUUUCUGCAUGUGCAUUGACCAGGAUGACAAUGAACUGGAGAUACUUGAAAUUAUCCAUCACUUUGUUGAGAUACUAGAUCGCUACUUCGGAAGUGUGAGACCCUCGAUAAUCUGA